AUCAAUGAGGUCACUGCGAAGGACGGCGGGACUUACAUAUGCUACAUAUCAGUGGAGUCCACUUCAGGCAAGCUGAAUAUCCCGAUCAACACACCAGUAGCUGUAGAGACUGUGGUGCCGAAUGCCCCGACCUCAAACAAGCCUGACCCAGACUUCUUCGGCGUGGGCAACAGCUAUACUCUGACAUGCGGCUGGUACGACAGUCCUGGAGUGACCUACAAGUGGAUGGAAGGGACCCAGGUCAUCGCAGGGGCGACCAGCAUGACAUACACGCUGCAAGCCAAAUCUGGAACUAACGUGUACACCUGCCAGAUUGUCUUCAACAAAAUGUCCUCUUUAUCCAGCAAAGGCUUAACGGUGGCUGCCAAAAACAUCAUCUCUGUGAUAGUCACCCUGGCAGGCACAACAGUCUCCAACACCACGAUCAAGCCUCUAAAUUCCGGCAAAGUCUCACUGGAAUGCAAAGCCAUAACAGCAGCCAGCAGUUCUGGAACCAUCACCUACGGCUGGCUAAAGAACGACCAAAAGUUGGCAGACCAAGCAGAUGACAGUUAUGAGUUCACUGCUGGAACCGCCUCUGACGGCGAGAUCAAAUGUACUGCAACACUGGGCAGCGAAACCGCGACCUCUGAAAAGGUCAUCGUCACGUCUGUAGCGACUUUGGAGGCGCCAGUUGUGGAAGUGUACAACUACAGCCUUUUUUCCGGACAACAAGUCUACCCCGCGGGAGGCUCCUACAUGCUUAUCUGUAGAACAGCUUCACACACGGACAGUGUCUAUUAUGUGUGGAUGAAAGAUGGAAGCAUACUUAUCCAGUUACCUAAGAGAUCCUACACGAUUUCCAACGCCAAGCAGGGCAAGGACGGCGACUCGGGCGUGUACACGUGCAGGGCCGUCCAGGGACUCAGUACUGUCACUUCCAGCAAUGCCGUCACUAUCAACAUCGCAGACCCAGGCCUGCCUUGCAAGUUUGUCACCGACUGCCAGGGGGUCCAGUAUAUGCCUAGCUGUGUCAACAAUCGAUGUGAAUGUGCCAAUGGCUACAUGCCCAAAGGAAGUACAUGCACAUCCGAUGUGAGUCCCCUGGGUGCUUCUGUAGCGUUGCUGAUUGCUGCAACUCUUGCACGCUGGCUGUUCCAGAAGGAGCUCUUCUAG